ACUCGCAAUGGACACAUUUGUUUUCCCGGGAAAGAACUAACCACAAGAUGACACCGUGCUACUGUUUGUCUGACUAAUAAAAAGUGACUUUUAUUAGUGUUUCUGGAUUUUAGGUUGUUGUUUUUGGGGGUGAAUUCAAUUAAUCUGGGACUGAAAUCGGACGUAUGGACGUCUUUUUGUGCAUCAAGGAUGAGUUUGUGAAACAGUCAUUAACAAAAAGAAGAAUAACUGGCUAUCACAGAAAUAUCAACUGAUAUGUGGGGAUCAUCCCCAGACUCUGGACUUUAAACUUAAACGGCAACAAACACACAGAAGGACGGAGCGAUCACUUCAGCUGUGGACCCAAAGACCCAGCCUGACGCACGGAGACGGACAGACAGACAGUCUGAUGCCAACUGUCUCCACUGUCAAUCUCACGGCACCACUCCUCCUCCUGUUGCUAUGGGCAACCCACCCCACCAUGGCAACCAAUUGGCUGCCCCAACCUUGUACUUAAAUAUGCAUCUUCCCCCACGUACUUGCUGUGAAUCACUCCUCCACCUUCCAUUUUUAUGUCCCAGCUCCCUGGCGAGGCUGCCCCGUUCCCGGCCUGUGUCUGGUGCUGCCCCAUGUGCACGGCUGAGGGGGCUGACCCCAGGCCAGGUGGGGGUGUGCAGAGCACGGGGGGAGGUCAUGGAGUCUGUACGCAAGGCAGCAGAGAUGGUCAUAGAAGAGUGCCAGCACCAGUUCAGGAAUCGCCGCUGGAAUUGUUCCACCACCCCACGUGGGAUCAAUGUAUUUGGCAGAGUGAUGAACCAAGGCACUCGUGAGGCAGCCUUUGUGCAUGCUCUGUCCUCAGCAGCUGUGGCGGUUGCGGUGACCCGAGCCUGCACCCGUGGGGAGCUGGAGAGGUGUGGCUGUGACAGGAAGGUCAGGGGGGUCAGCCCGGAGGGUUUCCAGUGGUCAGGGUGCAGUGACAACCUGUCCUAUGGUGUGGCUUUCUCUCAGACAUUUGUGGAUGAACCAGAGCGAGCCAAGGGGCUGUCAGCAGGCCGGCCGCUCAUGAACCUCCACAACAACGAGGCCGGUCGAAAGGCCAUCCUUCAUAACAUGCAGGUUGAGUGUAAAUGUCACGGUGUGUCUGGGUCCUGUGAGCUGAGGACCUGCUGGAAGGUCAUGCCUCCAUUCAGGCGUGUGGGCGUUGUGCUCAAGGAACGUUUUGAUGGAGCCACAGAGGUCCGCCUGACACGUAUAGGCUCCAGGACAGCCUUGCUCCCCCGAGACUCACAGGUCAAACCCCCUGCUGCCAGAGAUCUUGUGUAUCUUGCACCCUCCCCAGAUUUCUGCCGUCUCGACCCUGAAAAUGGUAUUCCUGGGACUGCAGGUAGAAGAUGUAAUGGAACGUCUCGGCUGGCACCAGAUGGUUGCGAGCUGGUGUGUUGCGGGCCAGGCUACAAAGCAGGCCGGGCUGAGGUGGUGCAGCGCUGCUCCUGCAAGUUUUCCUGGUGCUGCUCGGUGCGUUGCCAGCAGUGCAAGAAUACGGUCACCAUUCAUACCUGUAGAGUGUAAGAAGUCCUAACAAGGCCUGACCAAAUGAGCCCAGAUCCUAACCAACCACCAGACAGACACCGCUGGGCACAACGCGGGUUAACUUUGACACCAAAUUAUCAUAAUUAUUGUCCAAAGCAGCCUUUCUUUGUCCACGUUUUCCCUUAGAGAAGUGAAACUGCAGUUUGGUUUGAUUGUUUUCUUGUAAAAGCUGCAAAAUUAGAACUAAUGUAAAGACAAAGCUCCAUCAGGAAGUACAAAAAAAAGUCUGCUCAGCUUUUAAACUGCUCAAAAUAUUAAGACAGACAAACUGACAGGCACAGACAUGCAUACAGGUGUAGGCAUGAACACACACAAACACAGCAGUUAAUCACACGCUGAACUGACAAAGCUUUUAAAGCAGAGCUUAACCCGAACUAACUCUCAAACACUGAAGAUUUCUUUUAUCUUGUAUUCUGUUAUAGGCUAGCACGUCUUUGGACUUGUACUGUAUUUAUGUCUUCUUUUUGAUUCUGGUUUAUUUAUUUGUAUAUCAGAGUCUUUGCUGCACUUACAUCCAUGUCUUGUGUUUUUGUCCCUCGUCCUUGUAUGAAACUGUUCUGUUUCCUGCACAAUC